GAGGCGGGACCACGUGGCAGCAGGGUUUCGUCUAAAAUCAACCAACAACUGGGGAAGAGGGGGGUGAUAAAGGCUCAUCGUCGCUUCACCACCACAUCCACCUCUGCAGCGGUCCUCCAGCGAGCAGCAGACAGAGAAACCUCCAAGAUGGCCCCCAUCUCCAUCAGAACCGUGUUAGUCAGUGAAAGUGUGGACCCGCGCUGCAGGGCGGUCCUGGAGGAAAACGGCAUCCGUGUCACGGAGAAGCAGAGCAUGAAAAAGGAGGAACUGAUCGCAGAGAUUAAGGACUACGAUGGCCUUGUUGUUCGAUCAGCGACCAAGGUAACAGCUGAAGUUAUCAAUGCUGCUGAUAAUCUUAAAAUCAUUGGGAGAGCUGGGACCGGUGUGGAUAAUGUGGAUGUUGAAGCUGCCACUAAAAAGGGCAUUAUUGUCAUGAACACACCAAGCGGUAACACAAUCAGCGCCGCCGAGCUUACAUGUGCCCUGUUAAUGGGCCUCUCGAGAAAUCUCCCUCAAGCUGCAAUGUCAAUGAAACAAGGGAAGUGGGAUCGCAAAAAGUUCAUGGGCACGGAGUUGCUCGGCAAAGUACUUGGAAUAGUUGGACUUGGAAGAAUAGGAAAGGAAGUUGCCAUGAGGAUGCAGUCUUUUGGCAUGAAGACAAUUGGCUACGAUCCAAUCACUCCACCUGAGGUGUCAGCCAGCUGGGGGGUGGAGCAGAUGUCUCUGGAGCAGCUUUGGCCACUGUGUGACUACAUUACUGUUCACACUCCUCUGAUGCCCUCUACAGCUGGGCUGCUCAAUGAUGAAACAUUUGCCAAGUGUAAGAAAGGAGUCAAGGUUGUGAACUGUGCCAGAGGGGGCAUCAUUGAUGAGGAUGCUCUUCUCAGAGCUCUGGAGUCUGGGCAGUGUGGAGGAGCAGGACUUGAUGUCUUUGUUGAGGAACCACCGAUGAACUGCUCUCUGGUGGACCAUCCAAAUGUCAUCUGUUGUCCUCACCUGGGAGCCAGUACGAAGGAGGCUCAGGCUCGCUGUGGGGAGGACAUCGCCCUGCAGAUUGUGGACAUGGUGAAGGGCAAGAACCUGGUCGGAGCAGUCAACGCUCAGGUUUUAGCCAGCACCUUCACCCAGGAGUCUCAGCAGCUGAUCAAACUCGGAGAAGCCGUCGGAGCAGUUCUCCAGUCCUGCAGCGCUUCUAAGACACCGCUCAGUCAUGUUCAAGUCAGCACUUACGGAGACUGCAUGAAGUCCUGCACAGGUUACAUGACCUCAGCUGUCCUCGUCGGACUGCUCAGUCAUGAACUUGAAGGUUGCCCGAAUCUCAUCAACAUACUGAGCCUAGCCAAGGAGACUGGAAUCAUGGUAAAGCAGACCCACUGUGACUCCGACGGGGCAGCUGGUGUGUGCAAGGUGGAGAUCGCGACUAAUGGCCGCAGCUUUAAGGCGAGCGGUUCAGUUCAAGGAGGUGUUCCUGUCCUGCUGGAGCUGAGUGACAGCGUGUUCAGACAGCCCAUCUCCCUAAGAGGAAAUCUGCUCUUCUUCCAGGCUUCUGGAAACCCUCAGCUGCUGUCCUCAGUGGCUGGAGUUUUGGCCUCAGAGGGAGUGCAGAUUGAAUCUUUCAGCGCUCCUGUGGACCACACCGGGGACGUGUGGUAUUGUGUGGGGGUGUCGUCUCUCCUGCGAGAUCUCAGUGCCUUGGAGCCUUUGGUUAAAGAUGCAGCGCAGCUGUGUAUUUAAAAGACAGCUCCAGAAUAA